AUGGUGGUGGUGCUUCUUUAUGUGGAUGACAUAAUCUUGACGGACAGUAACUAUGAUGAGGUUGCUCGUCUACAAGAAGAGCUCUCGCUUCGUUUUGAGAUGAAGAAGCUUGGUGAACUUGGAACUUUCCUUGAUCAACUAUGCAAAGAAGUUGGUAGAAAAUUUGGUAUGACUGAUGGAAAAAAGAGCUAUACUCCUCUCGACGUAAAUCCUAGACUUAGUCGAGACGAAGGAACAUGUCUACCAGAUCCUCGUCUUUAUCGUGCUCUUGUGGGAAGUUUGAUUUAUCUGACUAUAACAAGGCAUGAUAUUGCUUAUGUAGUUGGAGUGGUGAGUCGAUACAUGCAGAAGCCAAGGAAACCACACCUCGAAGAAGCGAAGAAAAUUCUGAAGUAUAUUAAUACCUCACUAGAUAUUGGUCUACUUUACGAAAAAGAUGCAAAAUUCGUCUUGCAAGGAUAUGCAGAUGCUGACUUUGCUGGAGAUCGAGACGAUCGAAUGUCCACAUCUGGGUUUUGUUUUUCUUUGUGGAAACACUAG